UGGACUGAAACCUGUGGCUAGAGCUUAGUGGAUGGUGGUGGUGGGAAUCACUUGUUCUGGAGAAUCCCUCCUUCCUGCUCUAGGAGGUGGGUAACUCAGGCACCCCCCCCCCCACCCCGUAUGAAGACAACAAUCUGGGCUCAUGUUAAAGACCCAUUGAAUAGUUUGUGACCCCAGAGCCCAUGACUUCUUGCCAGCGUGUGGUCUUCGUGGGCCUUGCUGGCACUCUGUAGAGCAGGGAUCAGCAAACGAUGUCCUAAGGCCUGUUUUUGUAUGACCCUUGAGCUGAGGAUGGUUUUUACACCCCUAAAUAAUUAAAAGCAAAAGCAGGCCAGGCGCGGUGGCUCACGCCUGUAAUCCCAGCACUUUGGGAGGCCGAGGUGGGUGGAUCACAAGAUCAGGAGAUCGAAACCAUCCUGGCUAACACGGUGAAACCCUGUCUCUACUAAAAAUACAAAAAUUAGCCGGGCAUGGUGGCGGGUGCCUACAGUCCCAGCUACUUGGGAGGCUGAGGCAGGAGAAUGGCGUGAACCCGGGAGGCGGAGCUUGCAGUGAGCCAAGACGACGCCACUGCACUCCAGCCUGGCCGACAGAGCGAGACUCUGUCUCAGAAAAAAACAAACAAACAAAAACAAAACAAAAGCAGAACUUGUGACAGAGAGUGAAUAUGACCCUCAGAGUCCAAGGUCUCUUAAUUGGCACUCUUGGCCUUUGGGGCCAGAAGAUUCUCUAGUGAGGAUGCAGCCUGUUUCACAGUGCUCCUGCCUCUCCUGGGUAGAUGCCAGUAGCAACCUUCACUUGUGACAACCAGAUGUUUAUCCAGACAUUGCUAAGGGCCCUGGGGAACAAAAUUGUCCCUGGCAAAAACCAGUGGGCUAAAAUAUUUCCUGUCUGGGGCCAGAUGCGGUGGCUCACGCUUGUAAUCCCAGCACUUUGGGAGGCGGAGGCGGGCAGAUCACGAGGUCAGGAGUUUGAGACCAGCCUGACCAACGUGGUGAAACCCCGUCUCUACUAAAAAUACUAAAAUUAGCUGGGCAUGGUGGCGCAUGCCUGUAAUCCCAGCUACUCAGGAGGCUGAGGCAGGAGAAUUGCUUGAACCUGGGAGGAAGAGAUUGCGGUCAGCCGAGAUAGCACCACUGCACUCCAGCGUGGGCGACAGAGCGAGACUCCGUCUCAAAAAAAAAAAAAAAAAAAAAAAAAUUUCCUAUCUGGCUCGUUACAGAACAGGUGUGCUGACCUCUGCUCUCAUGCAUCAGCCUGGCCAGCGGAGUGCGGUGUCAGCCUCUGCCUGACGUGUAUGCUUAGUUGUGUAAACCAUGGAGGAGCUUGCGUUGGAGGCAGCUUAUCUGGUUUGUUGCUACGACACUGUGUCCAGCCUGGGAUUGGCAUAACUUUUGUCAAAGCCAGAUUCAAGCUGAACAGUGGGAGUGAGUUUCCUCGUAAUGUUAUUUAUUUCUAGAUUUUGUGUUUUGUGUGUUCCCCUGUUUUAUUUUGGUAGUUCAGAUUUGGGCAACCCUACUAGGGUAGAAUUGAUGAACAUCAGAUGCUUCCUUUAGAAAGGUGAUUUGAGGAGGGCCCUAAGGGAGGAGACAUUUGGCUUCUGGAAAGCGGAAAUGAAAGUUUAUUCUGGCCAGGCCCAGUGGCUCACGCCUGCAAUCCCAGCAGUUUGGGAGGCCAAGGCAGGCAGAUCACGAGGCCAGGAGUUCGAGACCAGCCUGGCCAACAUGGCGAAAUCCCGUCUCUACUAAAAAUACAAAAAUUAGCCGGGCGUUGUGGCGGGCACCUGUAAUCCCAGCUACUUGGGAGGCGAAGGCAGGAGAAUCGCUUGAAUCCUGGAGGCGGAGAUUGUAGUGAGCCGAGAUCGUGCCACUGCACUCCAGCCUGGGUGACAAGAGCAAGACUAUCUCAAAAAAAAAAAGAAAAAAAGUUUAUUUUCUCCAGCUUAAUGGAGUGGCAGGAGAAUAAGGCAAGCAUUAAGCUAGCGGCUGCUGCAGACUGUCAUGAGGCACAGAAGCUGAGAAGGGCAUCCCCAAGUUAAAAAAAAAAAAAAAUCUGUUCUGCGUCUUUGCAGAGACCCAGGUGAGCUUGGUGUGGGAAACAGCAGUGUCUACUGAGCAGGCUGCCGACUGCAGGGCAGGUGAUGGAAAGAAGGUGAUGUCCGUGCACUCCAAUUCCCCUUCUCCCCGUGACUCCAAGCGAUCUCCCUAUUGUCUGCAGGCUUGAAAGACUGUGGAAGCACUCCGAAGCCCUCCUUGGGGCAGAAGGGACUUGUCAGCCGGGAGGCUGUGCCCUCAGGGUCAUGGUAUCCGGAGCCUUGAUGAGGGGACGUUCAACCGAUGGGAGAGGAGUAACCUUAACGUGGCAGCAGGGUGGAAUAAUCAGACACAGGGGUCGGCCCUAUGGGGCCCACCAUUACCCUGGCUUUUUUUUUUGGCUCUGAAUGCAUUGGAGAGCUCUCCAAGCAUGCAGGGCCCUGCCCUGGUGAACCUGCUUGCGUGUGGAGGGAGAGGCUGCUUCCUUUGUGCCUGCUCCUGCAGAUGCUUUUUGGGGACCACGGAUGGCAAGGUUGGGCUAAGAGGCUCCCACCUGGACAGCCUAUAAAAACUAGGGAUUUCUGAGAAACUGGUUCGUUGGGGCUGCUCGGGGCUCCAGAAUUGGCAUUUCCAAGCCCCGCAGGCACCUGCCGGAGGUCGGAGGACCCCUGGUGAAAGCAGGGUCCGGGCCAGAGUGUGGCCUGUGCACCGUCCACGGACACGGGUGCCUUCGGUCCUGGAGCAGCCCCCUUCCUGCACCGCGCUCUCAGCGGACGGAACAGGCGGCCUCGGUGCUGGCAGCAUGAGGAAGUCCCAAGCUCAGCCAAGGUCACUCGGGGCGCAAGGUCCAGGGGCCGCCCACCCGGCUACCCCCAGGGACGCCGGGAGCUGAGAGCGCAGAGGCGGAAGUGGGGUCUGCCAGUGAGCGGCGCGAGGCGCCGGGGUGUGUCCGGGGGGCCUUCCCCAAUGGAGGCCAGCUCCGGUGAUAGGCGUUGUCCAAUGAAGUCCCUUGGGAGGCGGGGUUGAGGCGAGUGUUGUCCAAUCGGUAGGGUCACCUGAUGGGCCCGCCCUCCUCCCCUGCCAUAGGUGGGCCUCCCGCACGGGGCGGGGAGAGCGAGCUUUCCCCAAUGGUCGGUGGCCCGGGAGGGGGCGUGGCCGCGGCGCCCAGGCUGGCCGCGGCGGCGGCUGCCACUCCGGCCCUCAGUCCAGCCGUCCGCUGCCGCCUUCGCAGCAUGGCCGCCCUAGGGCGGCCGGGCUCGGGGCCGCGCGCUGCGGUGCCCGCUUGGAAGCGUGAGAUCCUGGAGCGGAAGCGGGCCAAGCUAGCCGCGCUGGGCGGGGGCGCGGGGCCCGGGGCGGCGGAGCCCGAGCAGCGGGUGCUGGCCGAGAGCCUGGGCCCGCUGCGCGAGAACCCGUUCAUGCUGCUGGAGGCCGAGCGGCGGCACGGCGGAGGCGCGGCGGGGGCGCGGCUGCUGGAGCGGUACCGCCGCGUUCCUGGCGUGCGCGCCCUCCGCGCCGACAGCGUCCUCAUCAUCGAGACGGUGCCCGGCUUCCCGCCCGCGCCGCCCGCCCCGGGGGCCGCGCAGAUCCGCGCCGCCGAGGUGCUGGUGUACGGGGCGCCGCCCGGCCGCGUCAGCCGCCUAUUGGAGAGGUUCGACCCGCCAGCCGCGCCGCGCCGCCGCGGGAGCCCCGAGCGCGCCCGCCCCCCGCCGCCGCCGCCGCCGCCCGCGCCGCCCCGGCCCCCGCCCGCGGCCCCCAGCCUGCCCGCCGCGCCCGGGCCCCGCGGUGGCGGGGCGAGCCCCGGGGCCCGGCGCAGCGACUUCCUCCAGAAGACCGGCAGCAACUCCUUCACAGUCCACCCCCGGGGUCUGCACCGCGGCACGGGCGCCCGCCUGCUCUCCAACGGGCACUCGGCCCCUGAGCCCCGGGCCGGCCCUGCCAACCGCCUCGCGGGCUCCCCGCCUGGGUCGGGACAGUGGAAGCCAAAGGUGGAGUCGGGGGAUCCCUCCCUCCACCCGCCCCCCAGCCCCAGGACCCCGAGUGCCACUCCAGCCUCACCCCCUGCCAGUGCCACUCCUAGCCAGCGCCAGUGCGUCUCCGCAGCCACCAGCACCAACGACUCCUUCGAGAUACGGCCGGCCCCCAAGCCAGAUAUGGAGACCAUCCCCUCGGGGGACCUCCAGGCCCGGGCGCUGGCCAGCCUCCGCGCAAACUCUCGAAAUUCCUUCAUGGUCAUCCCCAAGAGCAAGGCCUCCGGGGCUCCUCCUCCUGAGAGGAGGCAGUCCGUGGAGCUGCCAAAGGGAGACCUGGGCCCGGCCUCCCCGAGCCAGGAGCUCGGAUCCCAGCCGGUGCCUGGAGGAGAUGGUGCGCCUGCCCUCGGGAAGAGCCCCCUGGAGGUCGAGGCACAGUGGGCAGUCGAGGAGGGGGCCUGUCCCAGGACAGCCACCGCCCUCGCUGACCGGGCCAUCAGGUGGCAGAGGCCAUCCUCACCACCCCCCUUCCUGCCGGCUGCUUCGGAAGAAGCUGAGCCUGCUGAGGGCCUCAGGGUUCCUGGCUUGGCCAAGAAUAGCCGGGAAUAUGUGAGGCCGGGGCUGCCUGUCACCUUCAUCGAUGAGGUAGACUCGGAGGAGGCCCCCCAAGCAGCCAAACUACCCUACCUCCCGCACCCUGCCAGGCCUCUGCACCCUGCCAGGCCCGGGUGCGUGGCAGAGCUUCAGCCCCGGGGCAGCAACACCUUCACAGUGGUGCCCAAGAGGAAGCCAGGGACUCUGCAGGACCAGCACUUCAGUCAGGCCAACAGGGAGCCUCGGCCACGGGAGGCCGAGGAGGAGGAGGCUAGUUGCCUCCUGGGGCCCACGCUGAAGAAGCGCUACCCCACCGUGCAUGAGAUCGAGGUGAUUGGCGGCUACCUGGCCCUGCAGAAAUCCUGCCUCACCAAGGCUGGCUCCUCAAGAAAGAAGAUGAAGAUCUCCUUCAACGACAAAAGCCUGCAGACCACAUUUGAGUACCCUUCCGAGAGCUCCCUAGAGCAGGAGGAAGAGGUGGACCAGCAGGAGGAGGAGGAGGAGGAGGAGGAGGAAGAGGAAGAGGAGGAAGAGGGAUCCGGCUCAGAGGAGAAGCCCUUUGCACUCUUCCUGCCCCGGGCCACGUUUGUGAGCAGUGUGAGACCCGAGAGCUCUUGGCUGCCAGAGGGUAGCUCAGGCCUGUCCAGCUACACGCCGAAGCACUCUGUGGCCUUCAGCAAGUGGCAGGAGCAGGCGCUGGAGCAGGCCCCGAGGGAGGCAGAGCCCCCGCCCGUGGAGGCCAUGCUCACACCCGCCAGUCAGAAUGACCUCUCGGACUUCCGCAGCGAGCCGGCCCUGUAUUUCUGAGCCCAGCACUGCCAGGACCAAGGCUGAGCCCAGCUGUGGGAGUCCCGGAAGCUGGGCAGUAGCCAGGGACUACUGCACCCGCUUCUGCCUUGUUUGGCCUCACUGUAUCCCACCCACCCCUCCUGGCCCUGGAAGCAGCUAGGGUGCCUCCUGCCAUCGGGGCCAGGUCUGGAUCUCACUCCCCGGCCCUGGUUUGGGAGGGUCCAAGGGGGGAGUGGGGUGGGGAACUGCCUGUGGGUGAGUGCCAGGGGCCUGCUGGGUGGUGGCCAUCUGCGACCCGGCAGGGGGCUGUGCAGAUUCUGCACCUGGCCGUUCCCUGUCCUGUCUCCUCAGCCUGCCUCCCAGCGGCCAUGGGGUGUCUGGGGUGAAGGGCUGUCCCAGCUACUUGUCCUCUGCGGGACCCUAAGCCCCUGCCCGCAGCCCACACACCCUCUGUGAUGAGUGGCGUCUUUCCUGCCUCUGAUGAUGGACUCAAUAAACAGCACUGGACAAGG